UUCUCCCCUGCAGCCACAGAGAAGCGAGUUGCUGGAGAGGAACAGGGUGUGGGCGAGGGAUGGCCCCUCCCAGGAAAUCUGAUUUUAAACUCCUGCAGUUUAAGGUUUUGCAGUAGAGGCUGACGACUCCCUCGGGCCCUGACACCAUGUACACAGCGAUCCCCAAAAGCGGCUCCCCUUUUGAUGCCUCGGUGAACCAGCCGGGCCUGCACAUCUGGCGGGUGGAGAAGAUGAAGCCGGUCCCAGUGCCGGCAGAGUCCAAGGGCAUCUUCUACUCGGGGGACUCCUACCUGGUCCUGCACAAUGGGCCGGAGGAGCAAGCCAACCUGCACAUCUGGAUCGGCCAGAGCUCCUCGCGGGAUGAGCAGGGGGCCUGCGCCGUGCUCUCCACCCACCUUAACACCCUGCUGGGCGAGCGGCCCAUCCAGCACCGCGAGGUGCAGGGCAACGAGUCUGAUGUCUUCAUGGAGUACUUCCCCCGCGGCAUCAAGUACCAGGAGGGCGGUGUGGAGUCCGCCUUUCAAAAAACCCAGUCCAGCCAGGGCUCCGGGCCCAUCCGCAAACUCUACCAAGUGAAGGGCAAGAAAAACAUCCGGGCCACCGAACGGGAGCUGAGCUGGGCCAGCUACAACACCGAGGACUGCUUCAUCCUGGACCUGGGCGAUACCAUCUACACAUGGUGUGGGGAGACAUCCAACAUCCUGGAGCGCAACAAGGCCCGAGACCUGGCACUGGCCAUCCGGGACAGCGAGCGGCAGGGCAAGGCCCGGGUGGAGAUCGUGUCCGAUGGGGAGGAGCCGCCUGAGAUGAUCCAGGUGCUGGGUCCCAAGCCCGCUCUGAGGCAGGGCAGCCCCGAGGAGGACGUCACGGCGGAUCAGAAGAACGCAGGGGCAGCUGCUCUCUAUAAGGUAUCGGACGCGACAGGGAAGAUGAACCUAACCAAGGUGUCCGGGAGCAGCCCCUUCAGCCAGGGCCUGCUCUGCACCGACGACUGCUUCGUCCUGGACAACGGCCAGUGUGGCAAGAUCUACGUGUGGAAAGGUCGCAAAGCCAACCAGCAGGAACGGGAGGCAGCCCUGAAAGUGGCUGAGGAUUUCAUCUCCCGUAUGAAGUACUCCCCAAAGACCCAGGUGGAGAUCCUGCCCCAGGGCCGUGAGAGUCCCCUCUUCAAGCAGUUCUUCGCAAGCUGGAAGUGAACCCGGUGCCUGCCCCGAGGCUGCCCAGCACAGCUUUGUCUCCAGGCCUGCCCUCCGCUCUGUAGCCACCAGGCAUCUCAUUAAAUGACCUGUGCAGGGA